GCAUUCAGAGGGUUUUCAUGGCCAGAGGAGAAGAGAGUCAGUUGUGAAUGAGGAUGAGUUUCAUGACGUCCUUCGGAUGGGUUUCGAUUUAAUCGUGAGCUGUCACAUUUUGCCACCGCUAACCUCCUACACUCUCCCGUAAAUUCAUGCCUGGAUUUGUACGUCUACGACUACUUGAUCAAGCACAACAUGUUCCAAUCUGCUGAGACUUUUGCUCGGGAAGCUAAUCUUACUGUGACGCCUGUUGGUGUCAGUCUUCCUGAAGGAUUUCUCUCUGAGUGGUGGUCUUUAUUCUGGGAUGCCUACUGCGGUUCAACAAACAUAGGGGAUACUCCCAAUAACAACAAUCAAACAACUGAAAAUCCUCCCCAAAUUGUUAACACUUCUGUUCCCAUGCAAGAAGGGAAUAUGCUCCAAAGUGUUAAUCCUUUGGUUUCCAUAGCACAUGAGAAUUGUAUAAUACAGGGGGCAGAUCCAUUGAUAGAUAUGCCAGGGCCUUCAAGUCGACCAAAUCUUGUUGGCUUGCCAAUAAUGUCAUCACCAAUUAUGGAUAAUAUGUGGCAAAAUUUUCCAACAUCAAUGUUUGGGAUUAGCUUCGAUCCAGAGAUACUUGGUGUAGAUGCGCAAACAACAAUGAGCCACAUGGUAGCUGCUGCACAACAAACCGAAGAGCUUAAUUCCAGGAUGCUACUUGAUCAAAAUGCUCCCACGAUGGACCCUUCAAGCAGCACUAGACAUUGGUCAAUGAAUACAAAUAACUAUUUACCAUUUCCUAUUGCCGGGGAUGGUGAUGUUGAUCGUAGUUGGGUGGCGACAACCUCUUCUGAGGUGCCUCCUCUUCCACCUCAGCUAUUAACAUACAACAAUGUUGGUCCUAGCUGGAUGUCAUCAAUCCCUACUGGGCUGCCUCCUCUUCCACCUCUUCUGCCGCCCAUUCCACCUCAAGCAAUGCCAAACGACCCAGAGCAUGAGGAAACAGGAUCAUCCAUGAGCUCCAACUCUCUUUCGCCUUCAGAUGCCAAUUGUUGAGUUGAAGACCUUAUGCCAAUGAAAUGGCAUGAGGAUUGAAUCAUGUCUCCGGCCUUGACUUAAGGAACCAUAUAGUUUCUUUUGGAAAAUUUUAAAUUUCCAUGUGUGGAAAAGUUUUGAUACUUGUCACAAAACCAUAAUAUGAAAUGAAUCUGUACAGCUACAUUUUCUUCAUAUCUUCUUGUUGGAAUACAUAAUAUCAGUUUUUAUCUUUUUUCUGUUUGAAUUACGUGGCAUGAAUUAUACCCCAUUAGAUAAAGCAGGAAGGAUAACUUGAGUUUGUGUAGCUAAUACCAAAGCUUAGACAAAGUGAAGGUUUUGAAGAAAGAAUGGUGAAGUACUUGAAGGGAUUCAAAUAUUUUUUGAAGUUCAAUGGACUUUAACUCUCUCUUAGUAAUUUCUUUAGUCAGAAAUCUACCAAGUGUACCGUGUUAGUGCUAAGAACAAUAAGGAGUAUUGGCCCUCUAUGGUUGUAACAAUGUUUGGAUGUAAGUGUUAUGCCAUUGGAAUUAAAAUAUACAAUGGUUGGGUAGUGCUGGGUCACGACCAUUGCAUAUAGACGUUUGAGCGUGCUUGGUCUCAAAUCUUUAGGUGUUUCACUCACCAAAAUAUUUAAUAUAUGAAAUAUGCUUUCAAAUUAUGGUUUUGACCUCGUUUUGAAUUGAAUGGUGUCCUAAUUUUUUUGCAUGUAGAUAAGGAAAACCUUUUGGAACACUUGCUUCCAUGCAAACAAUCAUUUUGAAGAAAAUGACAAUUGGGAUGGAAUGAGUUCCAUAGAGAUCACAAUAGUGUGAUAUUUCUAAAUUUGAGUUGUCACUCCGAAUUCGAGUCCUUUUAUCAGGUGGAUUCUUUUGAAGAACAAUAUGACAAUGCUUUCUUUCCAUAAUUACUCUUAUAAGAGAUUUUAAAAGCAACAAAGAGAACAUUAUUUCACUUAUUCCAACUAUCACUUGAAAAAUAUGAAAUAAGCCACCACCGUAUAAAUGGACACAUUAGUUGUCCUAAAAUGCAUAAAUCUUUCCAAAAAUGCAUAUGGUGUUUUUACAAUACCAUUAAUGUACAAAGAAAAACACAAGACCAUUACCGAAGAGAUCCAUAGUAAAUGCUUGAGAACAAAAUAUAAAAAUGUUCUAUAAAAUAUAUAUAGACAACAUGGUACAAUCUUGAUAGGAAUUUUCUAUGUUGCUAAGACGAUGGAUUUAAUCAUGCUUGCAAUCUCUAAGGAUCUUUGGGAUUACCCAUAUGAAGUAUACAAAAUACUUGUCAAUGGAGCAUGUUUGUAAAUGACUUAUAGUAAUACUCCCUCCCUCUGGGAUAAUUAUGUCAGUUUUUCUUUUUUGAUUGUUUGCUAAACUUUGCAUAAUCUAUUUAUAAUACUACCUCCGUCUGACUUUAAGGGUCUCAUUUAUUUUUUGUGUGUUGAAUAUUAAUCAUUACAUCAAAUGUAGUACAAAUUUAAAAAAAAUUGUAAAAAUACUUCAAUUAGUGUCUUAUAAUAUUAAUUGAAGGACAUUUGUACAAAAAAUUAUACAAAUAUAAGGAUAUUUUUAAUGUUAAGUACAAUGACACAAAAUGUAAAUGUGACCCUUAGAGGCGGACGGAGGAAGUAAUAAACUUUAUCCAUUUAUAAUUUUAUUACCUCCAUUUCAAAAAUGAUAACCAAUUUGUCACUACUUUUUUGUACUUACCUCACUAUUUUUAGUUAACUCUAAUAAUAAUACCUCACUUUACUUUUUACUUACCUAAUUUUUUAUAUUAAAAUGUUAUUAUUUCUUAGACUCUAUGCUCAAUAAAAGUGUCAUAAACAUCCUGAACGGAGGGAGUAAUACAUUAAGACAUUGUAUCAUGUUUUUAGGCCAUGAGCUGAAAAAGUACAUUUGGUAAGUGUAUGCUAUGACCUUUCAUGUUUCCUAACAUUGCAAAAUAUCCUUAUCUAUAUUAUAUAUUUUCUUGUUCAUACUUCAUAGAAUUUGCUUGUAAUCGGCUAACAAAUAUAAUACAUUAAUAUAAUGGAUCAUGUUUUAGGCCACGUAACGUAAAAUCAACUCAUUAAUGAGUCCCUGACAUUGAAAUAUGACCUUUUCAUUGUAACACAUAUAUUUGUGCCAAAGCAUGUGCAUUGUGCCAAAAUCUAAAGGUGUGUUUGGAUGUGAGUUUGGAAGUUGGGAAUAAUAAAAUUUUGAAUUAAAUGAGAUUUUUGAUGAAGAUAUAAAUAGGUUUAUGAUGUGACAUUUUGAAUGAAAACAUAAAUUUUAAUAUAAUAUUUUAAAUAAAAAAAAUAAUAUGAUUUGAUGUUUUUUUAAGAGAACAAAGUGAUGAAUAGUGAAGUAUGGGAAAAAACUACAUCCAAACACAUGUUGACAAUUAUGUUUCUCAAAUUUUUAUGCUCAUGCCAAUCUUAAGGAUAAAGAUACUCCUUGUUGCUUGUAACGGAUAAUGAAAUCUUGGUCCUCCCAUGAACUAUGCAAUAUGUUUUCGACAAUACGUACUCCUUUCGUCCGCCAUGCUUAUUCUUGUUUCGUUUCGCAUUGAGAUUAAGAAACAAUAGUAUUUUAAUAUAAAAGUGGAGAGGUAAAAAGUAAAGUGAGGUAUUAUGAGAAAUUUAUUAAAGAGUUAAUAAGAAAGUAGUGAGGUGACUAGAUAAAAUAGUGGCAAUUUGGUUAUUAUUUGUUAAAGUACUCAUAAUUAAAUUAUGAAUGAAAUAAAGAGUUUUAAUAUAAAUGAAUUGUGUAUAAGUUUAGCGGACAACCAAAAAAAGAAACCUAGCAUAAUAUGGCGGACGGAGGGAGCAUUAUUUAAACCAAAUAACAACAAAACAAGAUUGUUUUGUCGUUAGAGCAUACGAGGGGAAUCUUAGAAUUAGUCAAAAUUUAUGCAUACGCACGAAGACGUGUUUCACUUGUUGUUUUCAUAUACAGAAAUGAUAGAAUGUUUGAAGAAUGAUUGAAUUUCUUGGAUGGCAUCCAUUGUUUGCUUUCUCUCGGAAACAGCAUUGUCUUAUGAGUGAUUAAUAAUAUUGCUUAGCUAUGUUAUAAUUUCAAUGGAACAUGCCAUUUGUUAGUGCCGUGAAUAACAAGUGUGCUUGAAAUGAUUUCCAGUGCAUUGAUAUGUCUAUUAAAAUCAAGGCUGUAGAUGUCUCUUGCUUGUUAAUGCUCAUUUUAAUGAGAAUGGAUUAGUUCCUCUUUUACGUAGCGCCUUUUCACUAUUCUAUAUUUGGGACUAACCAUUUAAAUUAAAUA